UACAGGUCCCAGACGCCCCGCGAGGCCUUGAUCAGCCGCUGUUCGCAGGGAAGGGAGUGGGGCGAACAUGGCUGAAGACAGCCGAGGCGACCCAGCGUGCGGUGGAAUGGACGGCAGGCAGGACCCGGUCCCCAGCAGUGGUGGCUUCAACUUUCCAGAGUACGAGCUUCCUGAGCUAAACACGCACGCUUUCCAUGUGGCCGCCUUCGGGGAGCUGUGGCGUGGCCGGCUGCGCGGGGAAGGGGACCUGUCGCUGAAGGAGCCGCCGGGGGACCGAGAAGUCACCGACUCCGGCUGCGAGGAUGCCGCCGUGGCCCGCGAUCUGGGCUGCAGUCUGGAAACGGCAGCCGAGCUGAGGGCGGUGUGCGGCCUUGAUAAACUGAGGUGCCUUGAAGAAGGGGAGGAUCCAGAAGUCAUCCCAGAAAAUACUGACCUGGUGACUUUGGGGAUUAGAAAGAGGCUUCUGAAGCACCGGGAGGAAACCUUAAGGAUAGAUCGAGCCUGCAGACAAGAAACAUUUGCUUACGAGAUGGAGUCACAUGCUGUAGGGAAAAAGCCUGAAAAUUCAGCAGACAUGAUUGAAGAAGGAGAGCUUAUCCUAUCUGUAAAUAUCUUUUACCCUGUGAUUUUUCAUAAGCACAAAGAACACAAGCCCUACCAAACAAUGCUGGUAUUGGGCAGUCAAAAGCUCACGGAACUGAGGGAUUCCAUUUGCUGUGUCAGUGACCUCCAGAUUGGUGGGGAAUUCAGCAACACUCCUGACCAGGCUCCUGAGAACAUCAGCAAAGACCUAUACAAAUCAGCCUUCUUUUAUUUUGAAGGAACAUUUUAUAAUGAUAAAAGAUACCCUGAGUGCAGAGAUUUGAGCAGAACCAUCAUUGAGUGGUCAGAGUCACAUGACAGAGGCUAUGGAAAGUUUCAGACUGCUAAGAUGGAAGACUUCACCUUCAAUGACUUGUAUAUUAAAGUGGGUUUUCCUUACUUAUACUGUCAUCAGGGAGACUGUGAACACGUUGUUGUCAUUACUGACAUAAGGCUUGUGCAUCAUGACGACUGCCUGGAUAAGACACUUUAUCCCCUUAUCAUCAAGAAGCAUUGGCUCUGGACCAGAAAAUGUUUUGUUUGUAAAAUGUUCACAGCUCGAUGGGUGACGAACAAUGACAGUUUUGCACCACAGGACCCGUGUUUCUUUUGUGAUGUUUGCUUCCGAAUGCUCCACUAUGAUGCAGAAGGCAACAAACUGGGGGAAUUCCUCGCUUAUCCCUAUGUUGAUCCUGGAACCUUUAAUUAAUAUCCAGAAGUAUACCCUUGUGAAAUAACUUGGUUACUUUACUUCCAAGAAAUGCCAACGAGGGACAGGAUCCACCAGAAACAAUUGGCUAAAGUUGUCAUCCCCACAAAAUUUCAAAUCACAGAUCUUCUUAAGCAGUCUGAAUGUAUUUAAAUGUUUGAAUUAAAUUAAUAUUUAUUCCAAAAUAUAGUUUCUUGCCCAUUUUUAAGUGAGUUGGCUAUUGAGUUGUAGGACAAAUCCUUUGUCAGACAUAAGUAUUCUGGUUUUCUCCCAGUCUGUACUUUGCCUAUUUGCUUUGUCCAGAAGGGUUUUUGCUCAUCUACCAUUAGCAAAAUUUUCCUAAAGAUACAUCAAGUGAUGGAAGUGUUUUGAAAAUUCUUUGAAGAAUAUGAGAGCUACACCUUGUACCAUGAGGCUUCCAAGGUUAUAUUUAUAUUCAGCUGAAUUCCACUUUCCCUGGAUGGCUGAGAACAUUUACCAUAUAAAUAAAAAACUGAUGAAGCCUGUAAGACAUGUGUUUGAAAAGUUAACAAUAAAAUGUUUUAUGGACUUAAAUGCCACUUAAAUCAGUGAAGUCAACUGUGGUAUGUAGAAGACCUGUCACCUGUUUCCAGUGGUUGUAUUCAUUGGCUCAGUCAGUACACCAGAAAAUCAGCAUAAGCUACUUAAGAGGUCCCUUCAUGGCUGCUACUAUUGCCUAAAUGUUUACUUCCAUGUUUCCAAUGAGGUUCAAUUUGAACAAACUGAAAAUCCUGCUGGAAAACCUGAGAUUUAUCUAAUUUCUUAAAAGUUCCACAGGUAAAAAUGAAUUUUUGCUUCCUUUAUUUUUAAACUGCAUUCUAAAAGGGUCUCUCUGCUUUUAUUUUCAUGAUUUCAUAUUCUCAAAACAGCAAAUUCCAGAAAGUGUAUUGUCUUAAAGCAGCAUUAAUGUAUCCCUUGUACCAAUCAACUCAUUUUACUGGCAGAGAAAUUAGAAUGUCAGUUAAAAUGUUAUACUGCUAUUAAAAUUCUUGUUUUGCUA